GUCGACGAGGUUAAGAUGGAAGCCGAGGAGCAUCUCGCGAGGGAAUACGUACAGGAGUUCGUUCUCGAUCAUCUCGAUCCCGCUGACGUUAAACGAGAGGUACGAAUCAGCUCACCAAUGAUGGUGAACGGUAGCGUGGUGCAGCUACCUGGCCAGGUGCAAGCGCAGGGUCUGGCUCUGGCGCCCCUGACGCCGCCGGCGCACGAGCUCGAGCAACCGCAUCCACUUUACGGGCAGCCGCACAUUCAGGUGCAGCACGGCGUCCUGGUGAAGGCACCACCGGGUGCAGCGUCCCAUUUGACGACCCUAUCGCAUCCUGGGACGCCGCCGGACACACCUCCGGUCUCGGCGUCGCCGCCGCCGUUGCAGUUGCACCGUGGCGACCGGGAUUCCCGUGAUAGGGGUCUGUUUCUGCACCUGCAGCAACCCGGCUCGAUCGUCCAAGACGAGAUGCAAGGUGGUACCGGAGGUAUGGGCUGGUUGACGCAGUCCCUCAGACAGGAACCGCUCGACCUUAGGCCUCAUUGCCCUCAGGAGCAAACCCCGGAACCGCAUCCCGAAGCGUGGCACACCACGCCUACGCAUCAUCAUUUCCAAGACCUGCAGCAUCUGCAGCGUCACUCUAGACACACAGGUGGAUACAUCACGAUGUCGGGCCACAUAGAAUACUAUGGGGGUGCUGGUGCAGGCGGCGGGAUGCUUCCCGCGGGCGGAAGUGGAAUGUCAGGGAUGGAAGACAGCAUGCAGGGCAUACCGAUGCAACCGGGAAGACCGAUGAGCGUUUGUUCAGUGAGUUCUUGUGGCGCUGGUGGACCCAGUCCAGCUCACAGAACUGGCAAUGGUUUAUAUUCCAAUUGUGGGAGUAACAAUCCCCAGGAAGAACUCAUGAACGACGAGCUGCUCAUGUCGCUUUCCGUGCGCGAGUUGAAUAAACGCCUCCAUGGUUGCCCGCGGGAAGAGGUGGUGCGUCUGAAGCAGAAGCGACGGACAUUGAAGAACCGGGGCUACGCUCAGAAUUGCCGCAGCAAGCGGCUGCAGCAACGUCACGACCUCGAGACCACGAAUAGGAAUCUGCAGAACGAGCUUCAACGGAUGAAGAUCGAACUGGCGCGGGUCCAGCAGGAGCGUGAUCUUUACAAGCAACGAUGCGAGAUCCUGAGAACGCGGCAGAACCAUAAUCACAAUCACAAUCAUAACCAUCAUCAGCAACAGGCGUCGCAGCCCCAGCAACAGCAGCCUCAACCGCAACAGCAACCGCCGCAGCAGCAUCCGACGCAGAAUCAGCAGCAACAGCCGCAGCAACAGCAGCAGCAGCAGCCGCCGCAACAGCAACAUCAACCAGCACCUGCUAGUCCAGAAGUCUAUCUGUGA